AUGAGAUUAAUAAUUGCAAUUACUACUUGGUUCCUUUCAGGAGCAAUUGCUCUUGAUGUUAGUUCAACAGUUACUUAUACCAGCACUUCUGUUUUCUUUGAGCCCCUUCAUGUUUCAGGGAUAUUGACCCUUUUGGAUACAGUUUUAUUUGCUGCAAUUCCGUUUACAAUUGAUGCUUUGGCAUAUUUCUUCCUUAGGAAUACCAGCCCUUCAACUAUCCGGACUUCAGACAUGGUAAACAAUGGGUAUGCUCUUUUUGAUGUACUGGGAACUAACUCCGUAUACAUUCCAUUCCAAAAUUCCAAUCAAAAUAACGGUGAAUUUAUAGUAUAUGGUCAGCACCUAGAUGUUGCCAUGUAUGGAGUUGAAAAUGAUGGGUCGAUGACAUUUUGGGGUGAUACAGGGCUGGUUAGUAUCGAUGGAAUCACUAAUGCAGGUAGUAUCUGUUUUCAUAAUCAAUUAGGGAUGCUAUAUAGGCCAGGAGGGAAAGGAAGUUAUACUCUUUCACAAUCCACAGUUUUUGCUAAUUCGGUACAAUCUGACUUUGACCCCCGUAUAACUUUUGAGGGAAGUGGCAAUGGGUUUGUUAACCAGAAUGGUGAUCCAGCUUUACACUAUACUUUAGUUAAUUUUGGAGGUUCGAAUUAUGUGUCAGUUCCUAAUCAAGGGUAUACCAGAUAUACUUACAGUGAAUCUGAUGGGAUUUUCACUAUGUUCAUGAGCUCUAAUCAAAUAGUAUUUGACAUUGGUUUGGGGUACAUUAACGGGUUUAAUAUAACCAUCACUAAUGCAGCACCUGGAACAGCAAAUCAGGGGGGUUCUGUAUGUGAAUUGAACUUAAAUCCAUUUGGUGGUGGAUCGACUCUGUCAGUGGAAGGAUCUUCAUCAAGUGAAGCAGUGGAACCUACUCUGGAAGAGUCAACUGAAAUUGAAACCACUUCAGAUGAAGUAGAAACAUCUACUGAGGUUGUAACUAGCACUAGUGAUAUAGAGGAAUCUACUCAGGGUGAUACUACAAUUGAUGAAGCUACAUCUGUAGUGACCACCACAGAUAUUGACACUACUACACCUGUGGUAGAGGAAAGUACUACGCCAGAACCUGCUUCAAGUGAAGAAGAAACGACUUCUGCAGUUAGCUCCGUUACGGAUUCUUCUAGCGUCGGUAGCUCUUCCAGCAGCACUCCAAGACCACCUAGUUGUAAAAAGGUUAAUGGAAAGUGGAAAGGAAAUUGUCCUGGACAUGGUCAUGAUAACGGGAAUGGUCAUGAUCAUAGACCUGGUAAAGGCCACGGAAAUGAUCAUAACAACGGACAUGGAAAUGAUCAUAAUAAUGGUCAUGGAAAUGGUCAUAAUAAUGGUCAUGGAAAUGAUCAUAAUAAUGAUCAUAACAACGGACAUGGAAACGAUCAUAACAAUGGGCACGAUAAUGGACAUGGUAACAACAAUAAUGGACACAAUAAUGGACAUGGGAAUGAUCAUGGCAACAAUAACAACAAAGGUAACAACAAGAAUAACAACUACGAUAAUGGUAAUGGACAUGGAAAUGACCACGACAAUAAAAAUGGUAAUAGUAAUGGAAAAGGUAAAGGAAAUGAUAAUAAGGAUAAUAACGGUCAUGGUAAAGGUCACAAGCGGGAAGCUAUUCAAGAGAACUCAACUAGCUCGGCCAAUAAGCGUAUUAGUAUGUUGCUUGUAAUUGCUUUGUUUUUGACUGUUAUUAUUUGA